GACUCGGAAGGGUAAGACCUCUAGUCCUGACUACUUCACCUAGAAAAAAUGGCCUUCAUGCACACGGCCUCAUCAGAGUGUCUCCGCUCUGAACUGGACCUCUGGAUGGUCCCUCCCACACAAACAGCCCUUGAAUCUUCUCACUGGGUUCCCUACAAGCCCCUGACCACCCUUGAUGCCUCCAACACGGUCGAAUUUUCCAUACCUGGAGUUGGGCAUGAAUAUCUAGACCCUGCACACACUCUUCUGUACAUCAAAGCCAAAAUUGUCAAGGCUGAUGGCACAGAUUUCGUUGCAAACGAUCAGAAUGACGCAGCCCCUGUCAAUUAUCCCCUACACGCUCUUUGGAGCCAAGUUGAUGUGAGUCUCAAUCAAAAAGUCAUUAGUCAUUCAAGCAUGACCUACGCUUAUAGAGCCUACAUAGAGUCUCUCAUGAAUUAUGACGCCUCGGCUAAAAAGUCACACAUGACACAGAGAAUGUGGUACGAGGACACACCUGGUCAUUUCGAUUCACUCGAUGGCCGAGAAAACCUUGGACUGGCCUGGCGACGAUCACGUACAUCCAACAGUCGUCAAUUUGAACUCAUGGGUCCUCUUCACAUUGAUUUCUUUAAUCAAGAUCAUUUCUUGCUGAACAAUGUGGAAAUGAGAAUUAAGCUCAUUCGCAACCGAGAUGCCUUUACUCUCAUGUCUACGGCUGGCACAGAGCGCAUCAAACUUUUAGACGCGACUCUUUACAUCCGAAAAGUAGCCAUUUCCCCUUCCAUUAUGUUGGCUCACGCCCAGGCCCUUGAAAAAGCUCCUGCCAAGUACCCAGUCAACAGAGUAGAUAUCAAGACAGUCACCAUCACACAGGGACUGCGAGACAAAAAUUUGGACAAUCUUUUUAUGAACCAACUCCCCCAAAGAAUCAUUAUUGGCUUUGUAGACAAUCGAGCCUUCAAUGGAGAUUACGUCCGUAACGGUUUUAAUUUCCAACAUUUUAAUAUCAAUUACCUGAGUCUCAUGGUGGAUGGCCACCCCGUCCCCUCCCAACCCCUUACCCCUAACUUUGGCAGUGGCCUGUACAUGGAAUGCUACAACACCCUUUUCUGUGGAACAGGAAUACACUGGAAAGACGAAGGGAACAAUAUUAGUUACUCAGAUUACCCUGGAGGAAACACUCUCUUCUGUUUCGAUUUGUCUCCUGACCUUUCGGCCAGCGAGCCCCACUGGAAUCUUCAGAAGCAAGGCACUCUUAGACUGGAACUCAAGUUCGCAGAGCCUCUUGCCCAACCUAUAAAUUGCAUUGUGUAUGCUGAAUUCCAAAAUCUGAUUGAGAUCGACAAACACCGAAACGUCGUCGUUGAUUACAACGUCUGAAAUGGACGGACUCACA